AUGUUUACGCCAACCGUUGCCAACUCGACCUCCUUUUUCUAUGCGGUAGGCAAUACACCGGCCAUCAACUUGACCAAGAACUUGCCUCAUGGCAUCGAUGCCAAUUUACUACUACUUGGUUGUGGCGAUGUAAGAAACAUCAUUUACACGGCCUACAACGAGAUUGGACUUCCUGGUCGCAAGCUGGAUAUCACAGUCAAUGACAUCGAUGAAGCUAUCUUGGCACGCAACAUCUUCCUGUUUUCCUUGCUCAUCGACAAUGACAAUGUCUCCGGAAAUUCCCCCUGGAACUUAUACUACAACCUUCACCUUGACAGCUCAGACCUGCGCAUCUUGUCAACUCAAGUCAAGAAGCUCCUCGCAGCAUCAGACUCAUUGAAGUCUUGGAAAGCAAGUUCAUACGGCAAAGUCCUACCCUUCUGUGACCAGGCCACCCUCGACGACGUUCGUGCCGUCUGGGUCAGCUAUGACAACGCCGCUGCAUCCGACAACAUCAUCGCCAACUCUGCUGCCCUGACAGCCAACCUCAAACACUCUCUCGAAAUAAAGAGGAUUGCUUUUGGCGAUAGCAUAUCAUUCACCGGUCUGCGAUCAGCUGCUCCUGUUGCACUGCUUAACUCAAAGGAUGUCACCGAAGCGUCUCAAGAGUUUUGGAAGUCCGCCGACGCCACACCCAACCGUGCCGUCAGCAACCCGAACCCCCUCUUCUAUGCCUCCCUAUCGAAGCACCACCUCUUGCACUACGGGACCGAUCCCAUCCUUGGCUUCCAUCUUGCCGCGGCCUUCAUCCCCUUGACCGACCAAUCGCCUCUGAGGCCCGAUCAGCAGGAUGAGAAGUUCAGGGCUCUCUCAGCUGCAAAGACACAAUUCCGAGAGUGGGCGGCUGCUUGUGGGACUCUGUUUCGGGCGAAGAAAUUAGUGGUUCGCUCUGUUGCCAGUGAAGCUCUUGCCUUUUGCCACACUCUCCAGCAUUUGGUCGUCACCAAGGAGACGUCCGCUGGAUGGUACCGUCGCCAAUUCGACGCCCGAGUCCUCUCCCUAGACCAAGAUGUGUAUGACAUCAAGUCGGCAGCUCCGGUUGCAUUCGACACCGUCGACACAUCAAACCUCGCAGACCAUUUCGGCACCUUGAAUAUCCUCGUAUCGGCGCUACCUCUGCUCACAGCACAACCAUGGUCGGCCAUUUUCACCGAAACGCUCCUGAAAAGAGAGAACACCGCCAAAGCGGCUUUUGAUAGCCUCCUGUACGGCCACGGGCCCACGAUCUCAUUGCUGCUAGGGGCUAGUCCGGUCGAGUACUGGACCAAUGCUACUGCGGUGUCAAGCGUUGACGAGAUUCUGAUCGGUCUGAGCUCCAAAAGCAUCGAACGGAAGGGCGACGAGGUGUCCCAGGUCCAUAGCCGGAUCACUUGGAAGCAAAGCAAGCUUUUCUCGGGAGUAAACGCCGUCGGUCCCCUCGCAAUCGACCCCGAGGCGCUAGCCGGCAUCUUCUUCAAGCUCUACCUCGAGGUGUUCGCGCACGAGAACCCCAUGAAGCUGCUGGCCAUCUCGAAAUCGUCCGUGACGCAGCUCAUCCGUAACACGUCCUACUCCCACUUCCACCGAGGAACCCUCGUCUCCCUUCUCCACUACCUAAAGCUACGGCUGUCCGUCGACAAUUUUGACAGGACUUGCAGAGCCUUGCUCGAGAAGAUAUCCACGGAGAGAAGCCUCAUGUUCACAGGCAAUCUUAGACAGGACUUGUCUGUGCAGAUGCACACCCAAGGGGUCUGCUCGGAGCCCUGGCUUCGUCAAGAGAUCAAGCCCAACCGCAACCUCGGCGGCUUCGACUCCUGGACGUCAGUCCCAGAGGUCGUCGCCGUGACUCUCGUUGUCCCGCGGGAGAAGAUUGCACGGGUCUUUGACGGCUCUGAUCAUGCAAAGAUGAGUUCUCCCACAAUCAGAGGGUCGUUGGUCUCUGGUGAAGAAGCCAGCCACAAGUGGCACAACUUUUAUGACGAGGUACAGCUCGUUUUCGGCACCAUCAAAACUAGCAGAACCCGCGAUAGCAACGACUUCUCCGUCACCAUCGACGCAGACCCAGCAGGUUGGCUUGGGAAAUCCCCGCUCAUCGCAACCUGUUACGUGCCUACUGCGGCGUUGCAGGUGGAACGCAAGACCUCUUACGUCCGCCUGGAGGUCCUGAGUUCCGCUCAAAGCAUCGCUGUCUUCAGCAAGACCCUCGGCAGCGAGCUGAUAAUCUUCCAGGCCAAGUUGGCGGACGAGAACAGCGUAUACAUUACCAAAUACAUGCCCGGCCAAACGAGAUAUCCGGUUGCCUCUGAAGCGGCGGGGCUCGUAGCGGAGUCUGCUUUCGAAAAGAGCAAUGACACAGAAUCUUUGUUCACCGCCAACGCCUCCCAAAGCCAGGACAGAGUUGAAACCAUUACGGGCCAUCUUGAUAUCCUGUCUACCAAGGGCAAGAAACUCCUUGCCGACAAGCUACCCAUCACCCUCGCACAAGUGUCUCCCUUCAUAAUUAACGUUGUGUUUGGCGAAAAGGAGCUGGUCUAUCCUCUUACCUUCCCGACUCCGGUCGACGCCAGCGGGGCAAAAACUCGCAUUGCUCGCAAAUCCGCCUACGUCGAGGUCAUCGCUCCCUUUGCCGAACCCUCCAGCGAUCCAAACGUCAAGACGGCACUCAACGACUUUGUCUACCCAACCCAGCUCGCGCGAAGCCUAUCAAACACCCCGGCCGACCUCAACACCCCGCACCUGAACCUCGACCGCCUCCCCAUCAUCAACGUCGCCAAAAAAGAAGAGACCCGCUUCCUCACCACGCUCCUCUCCUUUGAGUUCUCGCUCCGCGAAAGGGCACUGCGCGAACAGAUCAACGCGGGGAGAGAGGCACUAUCGCCCUCGCCGCGCCUCAACUUCAAGGAAUCAAUCUUCACCAUGACCAUGAUCUCGUCGGGUCAACAGGGCGGCCAGACCGGCCUCUUUUGCCUCAACCACCCCGAUCGCGGCGGCGUCCAUAUGCUCUUCUUCGUCUCCGCCCUCCGCCUCGACGCCGCCGCAGCCAACGUCGUUCUCGACGCCGCCGUCCUCCCGCUCACGAUCCCCCUCAUCAAAAAGGUGGAGCCGUUCCUGCUGCUGCUGAGAGAGCUGGAAAUGGCCUCUGUCACCGUCAACGACGACGAGCUCCUCCUCUGGAAGAAGGCGCUCCCCGCCCUGGCGGAGCGCAGCCGGACGUGGAACCACACGUCGUCGUGCGAGUACCGCAAGGCCGGUGCCACCGUGCCCCUGUCGCUGGAACCCAGCGAGCCGGUCCUCUGCUCUUGCGGCCACGGCCGGUUCCCGGAAAACUUCAUCGGCCUCCCCGAGUGGGAUACCGCGUCAAAGUAUGCCACCCGCAUCGCCAUCAGCCCGACGUUCGCCGUGCCGUUUGUGGACGAGAUUGUGGACACAAACAUGUACAAGGAGGUUGGCGCCAACGCCAGUGCGCCCCUGAAGGAGAGGUGUACCAACUGUGGCAAGUCGUCGACGGACGGCGUCGCUUUGAAGAAGUGUAUGCGCUGCUUGAGUGCCAAGUACUGCAGUGCCGAGUGCCAGAAGAAGGAUUGGCGGAAGCAUCGUGGAGAAUGUAAGGAAAGCGAGGCGUAUCAAAAGUGA